ACCGGUAACAUCAUUUAAAAUGAUCCUCGCCCUUUUUGCGAACGAUAGUGAGUCACCGUCAGCAAUUGCUCUGGAAGUAACCAAUCAGGUGUCCAUUUUCACUAACUUCCAUAGUAAAGAAACAAAGCAGGAGCAGCGGUCAGAGUCAUCGUGGCAUCAUAAAGAUGAGCAACUCCGCGGCGAGCACCAGGCCUUCGCUCUUUGCGGAUCGACUCCUCUGAUAUUUAAACCCUCGACUGUGCAGCUUCGAUGAAGGGACAUUUGAACCAGUCUGCAAGACACCAGCAUAUUUGCCAGUCUACCAACCUCGACAUCAAACUUCACAAAGCAGAUUCACUCAAUUUUAUAAAAUGUCGUCAACCGAGCACACCGUCAUCUCUCCCGCCAUUCUCUAUUGGGGUACGCCAGUGGUUUUGGUUACGUCCGAAAACGAAGACGGGACAAGCAACAUUGCACCCAUGUCUUCUGCAUGGUGGCUUGGCCACUCGUGCAUGCUUGGGCUUGGGGCCGAAUCCAAGACCACCCAAAACAUUAUACGGACGAACGAGUGUGUCCUCAACCUGCCGAGCGAUUCUAUGGGAGACUUUGUCAAUAAGCUAGCUGAUACAACCGGCCUAAGUCCUGUUUCCAAUUCCAAGGCUGCGAGAAAUUACAAAUUUGUGAAGGACAAGUGGACAAGAGCCGGGUUACACUCGCAGCCUUCCAGUCUUGUUACUCCGUGGCGAAUCGCCGAGUGCCCAGUACAGAUGGAGUGUCGGGUGGUCCAGGUCAAUGAACUCUGGAAAGACCUUCCGGAUCGUAGCGGGCUCGCGCUGGCAAUCGAAGUCCGAGUGCUACGGAUCCACAUCCUGCAGAACCUCCGGAUGGAAGGAUAUCCGAAUAGGGUCGAUCCAGACAAGUGGCGGCCAUUAUUUAUGGCAUUCCAAGAGUUUUAUGGCCUGAGAGAUAGCAAAGUGAUUCCAAGCGUCCUGGGUCGGAUAUGUGAAGAGAAGUACCGGGCACUCACUAGGAGCGAUGUUGUCAAGUUGCCUGGGGACGAUGAUGAUCAGAUUGUAGUUGUUGAGGACGACGCGUGAUUUCUCGUAUUUGGAACUUGAGGAUAAUCAAUUAAUUGAUUGGAUAGACCUGGACGGUGUAUAUCAGCGCGUAAGACCGGUCCUACUUGUCGUCAGGUGCAGCAAUUUAGCCAGCCAGUAAACAAAGCCUGUUUCGAGUGUAAUAGAAUGUAGACGUGUCAGAUCCAUGUUUCUCCCAAGG